CCUCGUUCUUUCCCCUCUCCGGUGCUGUUUGGGCGGCAGGCCUGCGCUCUGUGUCUGGAAGAUCUAACGCCGAAGUCCCAACAUGAUCAUCUACCGGUGCAUUAUCUCGAACGAUGAGAUGUUCUCGGACAGCUUCAAAAUGAAGGAAUCAGAGAAUGGCAUCUUCUAUGAAGUUGAAGGAAAGCUGGUCACCAGGUCGGAGGGCUUUGACGACUCGCUGAUCGGGGCCAACGCGUCUGCUGAAGAAGCUGCCGAGGGAGCUGACGCGAGCUCCGUCUCUGGAGUCGACAUCAUCCUCAACCACUCACUGCGCGAGACGGGCUUUACCAAGAAGCUGUAUCUAGCCUACUUCAAGAAAUACGUUAAAGCCAUUAGGGACAACCUGGAAGUGACCAAUCCAGAGAGAGUGCCGGCCUUCAUGGAAGAAGUCCAAAAAGAAGCGAAGAAGAUUGUCAAUAACAUUACCAACUACCAGUUUUACAUGGGGGAGAACAUGCACCCAGAUGGCAUGAUGGCGCUGCUGGACUACCGCGAGGACGGAAUUACACCAUUCAUGCUUUUCUUUAAAGAUGGUCUCUUAGUCGAGAAAUGCUAAAAACCUGGAACGACAUCUGCUUUCAAUUGGCUGCUUCAUUUUAAAUGGCCCCAAGAAUGGACUGGACGAUCACUAUUUCACAUCAUGCCUGGGGGAAAACACUUUUACACUUCUUGUGGUCACCCUGGGUGACUAACACGAUUGGUCACUGAAUACUGUUUUCAACUUCUUCUUGACUUGCGGUGUUUUGAUUUUCAUCCCAGGAUUGGUCCAGUUUUUGUGAUUGGAAAGGCAGAUUGAGUGGACCUGUGACAAAAACUGCCUGCAUACUAUUUUAGCCAGGCUCUACUCCGUGACACCUAAGAUCUGAUCAUGGUUGCAUUAAAUACGAUUCUAUCUUUCAUGAAAAUAUGUCUGGUUCCAUUUGAAAAUAAAGUCUACUACCACCAUGCA